AUGGCAUGCACAGCAGUUGGGUGCCUCAUAAAGCUUCUCCCAACGGGGACAAUGUUCGUCUUCCAUUUCGUGAACCCCAUCCUAACAAACUCCGGUAAGUGCAGCAGCGCCGCCAACAGGGUCCUAUCCGCCACUCUUCUCGCAAUCUGUGCCUUCUUCUGCUUCUUCUCUUCCUUCACAGACAGUUACAUCGAUCCAACCAACAAAAACCGGAGGCGCUACGGAAUCGUGACCGCCAAGGGACUCUGGACUCUUCCACUUGAGAAGCCCGAGAUCAAAAGCGUUGACUUGUCACGUUACAGGCUGAGGUCUGUGGACUUUGUGCACGGGGCGUUGUCGAUGGUGGUGUUCGCGGUGCUGAGCCUGCUUGACAGAAACACAGUGCAGUGCAUGUACCCUGGCUUUAAGUCGACGGGGAACAGAAUGGUGCAGGUGAUUCCGUUGGUGAUUGGAGUGGUCGCCGGUUCGGUUUUCAUGGUGUUCCCUAACACACGCCAUGGAAUCGGAUACCCCAAGCCUGAUGGUGAUGAUCAUGAUUCUAACAUUGUCCCCCCACAAACCCCACCCCCUAAAUGCGCUAGUAGUAUUUAG